AUGCGUUUCGUCGGCACGUUCGCCGCCUUGGCCCUGGCCGGUUCCGUUUCGGCCGGCCCCUGCAGACCUGCCUCUUCUUCGACCCUGAGCGCUACCACUUCAAGCGCAUCCGCCACCUCCACCUCCGGUCACGGUUCGGGGCCUAUCGUCAAUGAGAUCGAGGGCGGAGACUUCCGGAGGAGGUCCAACUCGCCCAGCGGCAUCUCCAACUUUGUUGUUGAAGGCCAGGGCAGCUACGUCGAGGGUGGAGGUUACACAGGCGGCGGAAGCACGGAGAAGAACUGUGCUAGCCUGGAGGCGGCCAGCACUCAGCCUGGCCCAGGAAAGCGAGAUGUGGGACAAUAUGCGGCCAUCUCUCAACAGCUCACCAACCUCCAGGCUGGAUCAGCCUACACUGUUCAGUUCUUCUACGCUGUUCAGUCCAGUGCUCAGUCUGGUGCCUGCAGGAUUGAGGCUUCCUUUGGAUCCAAUGUCUUCACCUCGACCCCUUACUUCCCUAGCUCCAACGCCCCCUCGUCCUGGGCUUCUUCCACCGUCUCCACCAACAUUCAGGUCACCCAGGGACAGAUGAGCUUCGCCCUGACCUGUGUCGGUGGUGGCUCUGCUCAAGUCUACAUCGACUCCAUCUUUGUCUCCAACCAGGUGACUCCUGAGACUAUUGGCGACGCCGAUCUUGUGUUUGAUGCUGCUGGUACCGAGACCAGCCAGCUACCUUCUACCACCAGCACCGAGGCCGCCACCGAGCCCAACACUGAAGCCACUACUGAGGCUACGUCUGAGGCUACCACUGAGGCUGUCACUGAUGCUACCAGUGUAGCUUCAAGCGACGCUGUCAGCUCCGACUCGGCUACCGAAGCGACUACUGAGGCGAGCACCGAGACAGCUACUGAGGAGGGAAACACCUCAGAGACUGCCCCGGCCUCUGAAUCCACUUCUGAGGAACAGGGUACUUCUGCUACUGAAACUGCAACCGAGACAGACUCUGAAGAGAGUACUUCUGUUGCCAGCACGGCAUCAGAGACGACCAUUGAAGAGACCACUUCAGUUGCCGCCACAUCAACCGAGACCAGUGCCGAGGAGACUGUUUCCACAACCGAGACCGGAGCUGAAGAGACCACAACUGCGCAAGAGACUACCUUCUCCACCACUACUUUGGAGACCAGCACCGAGGCGGAGGAGACCACAUCCGAGACCCUGAUCCCAACAUCUACCACUCCCACAUCUACCCAGCUCAUCUGCCCCUCAGGCGUGUCCGCUCCCGGAGGUUGCUACGUCCCCGACGAAGUCCCCGGAACACCAACCUGCUUCCAAGUCGGCUUCGUCUCUGGAGCCGUAGAUGUCCAGUACCAGGACAUGAAGACUCCCGUUCAAGAGUGGCAAACCUGCGCUUCCGCCUGUGCCGACAAGCCAGGCUGUCUCUCUUUCGGAUACGACGACGAGAACCCCGACAGGUAUUGCGCUCUAUACGCAUCUAGGCUGGAUUGGUCUUUCGCCCCAAUGAGUCAAGGUCUUACCUGGACUGAGAUGGACUGCAUCAAGUGCAUUGAGUGCGAGGAUGCCCCUAUUCCUACUGAGACUGGUGUCGCUGAAGCCGGAGAUCCGCCGGUUCAGCCUGAGACCCAAACAUUGGAUACGAGUUUUUAG